AUGGAACAGCAGCUAGGCUUUACAAUGCGCCCUCUCUGGUCCGGUACAAGAACCGUGUCUACGUGGGAACACUUCGACACUUUUUCUGCCAGGUGGAACUCAAUCUGCAGCAAUCUCCAGGAUUGUAAAAUGAUCCUACACUCUCUUACACGUGCGGACUGGUUCUGCAAGUACGCUGGUGCGCCAUCCAAAGAAAGAGGGGGGGCAAAACUGAGUAAUGACCUCUUGAAUGGUCGAAGGGACAUCCAGAACCAGGUCGGCCGAGAAAUGAUCAAAGAGAAGACUUCUACGCAAGACUGGAUCACAACGGAUGAUUUCGAGAUCAGAGACAAGGCUGGAGACCUUGUCUUGAAGGGAGGUCACCUUGGUGAUAAAAAGCGCCGCCAGCUUGCUCUGAGAAGCAGUGAAGGGGAUGUAUGA